CACGCUUGUUGGUCUCGCAGCGAUUCCACAUUGAAGCAUUUUCUUUUAUAAUCGCGUUUUACGCGCGUAGCACGCAUUUCAUCACAUUUUUUAAUAAAUAUAAAACGGUCUUGAAAGUUUGUUAAUUUUACAAUUAUAAUGAAGCCCCCGUACAAAAUUGCUGAUGAGAAGCUUGCUGAGUUGGGCCGCAAUGAAAUUAUGCUGGCCGAGAAAGAGAUGCCGGGUCUAAUGGCCUGCCGUCGCAAGUAUGCGCCCGCGCAGAUUCUUAAGGGAGCCAGGAUUGCUGGCAGUCUUCACAUGACUGUCCAGACUGCAGUACUCAUUGAAACUCUUAUUGAACUUGGCGCUGAGGUCCAGUGGUCCAGCAGCAACAUCUUCAGCACACAGGACGAGGCGGCGGCGGCCCUGGUCGCCCGCGGUAUUCCUAUCUACGCGUGGAAGGGUGAAACGGAAGAAGAAUACAUCUGGUGCAUAGAACAAACACUCGUCUUUGCUGAUGGAAAGCCCUUAAACAUGAUUUUGGAUGAUGGUGGUGAUUUGACCAACUUGGUGCACAAGAAAUAUCCCCAGUACUUGGAAGGUAUUAAGGGCCUUUCAGAAGAAACUACCACAGGAGUUCACAAUCUGUACAAGAUGUUCAGAGAAGGAACACUGAAGAUACCUGCUAUCAACGUAAAUGACUCUGUCACAAAGAGCAAGUUUGACAACUUAUAUGGAUGCAGGGAGUCUCUGCUGGACGGAAUCAAAAGGGCGACAGACAUUAUGGUUGCAGGGAAAGUCUGUGUGGUAGCUGGAUAUGGAGAUGUCGGCAAGGGUUGCGCCCAAGCCUUCAAAGGAUUUGGAGGCAGGGUUAUUGUUACAGAGAUUGAUCCUAUCAAUGCCCUUCAAGCAGCAAUGGAAGGCUUCCAAGUCACCACAAUGGAUGAAGCAUCAGAGGUUGGACAAAUCUUUGUCACCACCACUGGCAACCUUGACAUCAUCACCAAAGAUCACUUCUUAAGAAUGAAAGAUGAUGCAAUUGUUUGCAACAUUGGUCACUUUGAUUGCGAGGUAGAUGUUGCUUGGCUGGAAAACAAUGCCAAGAAAGUGAACAUCAAGCCUCAGGUUGACCGUUAUGAACUUGAAAAUGGCAAUCAUAUUAUUGUGUUAGCAGCUGGUCGUCUGGUUAACUUGGGCUGUGCUACAGGCCAUUCUUCAUUUGUCAUGUCUAAUUCUUUCACUAAUCAAGUAUUGGCCCAAAUUGAAUUGUGGACGGCUCAUCAGAAUUAUCCUAUUGGUGUCCACACUCUACCCAAGAAGCUUGAUGAGGAAGUAGCUGCUCUACAUCUGGACCACCUGGGAGUCAAACUCACCAAGUUGACUCCCAAACAAGCCAAAUACAUUGGUGUUCCUGUUGAAGGUCCAUACAAGCCAGAUCACUACAGAUACUAAAUUUUAAGAUCAUAGAACUGGAAAUAAUAAUUAAACUUGUGUCUGGCUAUUUACUUAAAUAUAUUACCAAAAAAAUUCAGUGAGUCUUACCAGCAUUUAAUUGAUGAUCACACAUGAAAUUAAAUGUGUAGAUAUACAUAUAAGUGCAAGUGUAAUAUAACUCUUUUAUAAACUGCAAUAUACUAAUAAAUGCAUUGUUUU